AUAACAUUAAUUACUAACACCAUUACAACAAACUAUUAAUUAUGGGGUAUUUAUUUCCUUCACUUUAGUUUUGUUCGUCAUUGGUAGUUUGCUUGGUUUUUCUUCACUCGCUCAAGUUUGUGCAUGGAAGGUUGAGAGGAAACACACACUUGGCAGCCUCUUUUAGAGCCAUGCGCAGCCACAUGCAGUUGAAGAUUUUGAUGCAAAAUAGGCGUUUCAGUUGAAUCUGAUACCGCCACAUGUCCUUCUUGUUUGUGGGGGACUCCGACAGCACUAUGCCAUGGCGUGCCCACCAUGAUACAAUCACACCCGCUUCUCCUUCCGGCCAUCAAUAGAGGCGUGUCUUCUUCUCCCUCUCACACACAGACACACAAUUAAACAUGUUCCAUUCUUCUUGUUAUGGUUGUUGUGUGAAAGUGAUCGAGCGAGACACUCUUGUUUUUCCUUAUUGGCUUGGAAUUAAUGGGUUCUGACUUCUGAGGUUUCAAAGGUGAAAGUUCUGUGAGUUACAAGUUUCUGCGUUAGGAACUUUCGGAGGAAAGUUCUUUGGACUUCCUGUAAAAGUGAAAGGUUCUUUUUUCUCUAUGGACUUUGAAUUGUAUCCUGAUUCGUGAUUCAUGACGGAGAGAGACAGAAAACAAGAAAAUGAAGCUUAUGUUUUAAUGGGUGUUGAAUUUUCCAAAGCUGACAUAAUUUGAACCCAUUUUAUACGUUGUUCUGCUUUGGUGGUUCUCCAAAGGCUUUGAUUUAAGUCUGCUUGCUCCGAAGGACUUGUUCGCCGGAGUCGUUGUCUUGCUACAAGGGCAGCUUUGGUGAACUGAUCUUCUGAUGAUGGCUGAAGAAGAUGAUCUGUAUCCAUCCAGGGACAAAAGGAGAAUUCCAAUGUCCAUUUUCUUUAAAAACGCCAGACACAUUUUUAAACUGGACGAACUUGGUUCAGAAAUAGCACAGAUUGCAUUGCCAGCUGCACUGGCUUUGACAGCUGACCCUGUUGCGUCUCUAGUUGACACAGCAUUCAUUGGACAAAUAGGUCCAGUGGAACUUGCUGCUGUAGGCGUUUCUAUUGCUCUAUUCAAUCAAGCAUCAAGGAUUGCAAUAUUCCCGCUUGUCAGUGUCACAACCUCUUUUGUUGCAGAGGAAGAUGCAAUUGGAAGAGUGAGCCCUGAAGGUCAAGAUUGUGAAUACUUGGAAACAGGUUCAAAUACAGACAGUGAGCACAAAGAGUUGAUACCAAAAAAAGGUACAUAUGAAAAUGCAUACAAGUCAAGUGUUGGUAGCUUCAAUAUAGUUAAGAAUGGAAGUGAAAGAAGGCAUAUUCCAUCUGCCUCAUCAGCAUUGAUCAUUGGCAGCAUGCUUGGCCUCAUACAAGCCAUAUUCCUCAUAUCUGGAGCAAAGCCUCUGUUAAACUUCAUGGGAGUCGGUUCUGAUUCACCUAUGCUAACCCCUGCACACCAGUACUUGACAUUGAGGUCACUUGGUGCCCCUGCUGUUCUUCUCUCAUUGGCCAUGCAAGGGGUAUUUCGCGGAUUUAAGGAUACAAAAACACCUUUAUAUGCCACUGUGGCAGGAGAUGUGACAAACAUAAUACUAGACCCACUAUUUAUAUUUGUUUUUCGGCUGGGUGUCAGCGGGGCAGCCAUUGCCCAUGUUAUAUCUCAGUACCUCAUUUCACUUAUACUCUUGUGGAGAUUAAUGGCAAAAGUUGAUCUCUUACCUCCAAGUAUCAAAUAUCUGCAAUUCGGUCGGUUCCUUAAAAAUGGUUUUCUACUAUUAUUGAGGGUCAUUGCUGUGACAUUCUGUGUGACUCUGGCCGCAUCAAUGGCUGCACGCCACGGAUCAACAUCCAUGGCUGCAUUUCAAGUCUGCUUGCAGAUUUGGUUGGCAACAUCACUUCUUGCAGAUGGCUUGGCUGUUGCUGGACAGGCAAUACUUGCAACUGCAUUUGCAAAGAAAGAUUAUGACAAGGCUGAAAUGGCAGCAUCCCGAGUAUUGCAGUUGGGAUUGGUUCUUGGUUUGAUACUUGCAGUGAUACUUGGAGUGGGGCUGCGUUUUGGAGCACGGUUAUUUACACACGACGUUGAUGUCCUCCACCUCAUUAGUAUAGGCAUUCCGUUUGUUGCAGCUACUCAACCCAUCAAUGCCUUGGCCUUUGUUUUUGAUGGCGUCAACUUUGGAGCAUCUGAUUUUGCAUAUUCAGCUUACUCCAUGAUAAUUGUGGCUAUUAUCAGCAUUCUAUGUCUAUUUAUUCUCUCCUCCAGUCAUGGAUUCAUUGGUCUCUGGCUUGCUCUGACAAUCUACAUGAGUCUUCGAGCAUUCGCUGGCUUUUGGAGGAUAGGAACAGGAACAGGUCCUUGGAACUUUCUCCGGAGCUAAAUGGACCUUGGUUAUGGUUUCCAUAGUUUCUUCAUAGAUCUAUCAUCUACUAUUGAAGUUGCAAGUUGAUCCAUGAUUUUAUUCUCACAAAACCUUUUUUUAGUGGGUUAGGUACCUUUCCUUGCUGCUUUCUGUGGCUAAAACAUAUCUCCUCCUCGAUCCUUAUUUGUACAGAAAACUGGAAAAUUUUCAUAACAUGAAUACAGAGAAAUGAAAAAUAGAUCCAUGUUAAUCAAUAUUAGGGAAUGUUGUAAUAAUACUCUCUCAGGCUAUAGUAUGCCUCUGAAAGGCUGUCAGAUCAUAUUCUUUUAAGGGUUACCUUGACA